AUGUCUGGGCUCUCUCACCCGCUGCUUUUGGCCGUCGGCUGCCUGGCCACGCUCUGCGUAAUCACCGCGGCUGGGAACACCACCCUGGCCCCGAACGUGACUACACCCUCGUCUCCACCGCCCACCGCCACGACAGUCCCGGUGUCACCGACGACUCUCACGCCGCCGCCGGUCACCACUCCGGCACCAGAUACCUGUGGAAGCCGAAACAGUUGCAUUUCCUGUUUUGAUGGUAAUGCUACCUGCUUUUGGAUAGAAUGGAAAGGUAAAAGCUACUGUUCAGAUAAUUCAACAGUUAGUGGUUGCAAGGUGGUGACCACCACAGGAUUCUGUUCUGUGCCCACUGCCGCACCAACGCCAACCAAUUCUACAGCUAAAACCACAACUCUGCCUUCCACUACUACAACCACCACCACAGCUACUUCAUCAGGUACAACUAAUGCCACUUUAACUCCAACUACACAACCUAUGCGGAAGUCUACCUUUGAUGCAGCCAGUUUCAUUGGAGGAAUUGUCCUUGUCUUGGGUGUGCAGGCUGUAAUUUUCUUUCUCUAUAAAUUCUGCAAAUCUAAAGAACGAAACUACCACACUCUGUAA